AUGACAUGUCAACAUCCCCGUUGCUCCCUUCCGAUACAUUCGAUAUGCUCAAACCAUUGUUUCUGGUCACUUUGUUCACAACAUCUAGGUGAACAUCGAACAAUUCUCAUCAAUGAAUUUGAGCAAGUCGUACAGGAUCUAAUCAAACCGACUAAUAUGUUAUCGAAAUCUGUUGAACAAGCCAAGGAAAAUAUGGCUAAAGAUCAACAGCAUGAAUUUGAUCUUCUUGAACGUUCUCAUCAAAAUCAAAUUCAAAAAUUCGAUCAGAGAUUAAUAGCCAUCAGUCGAUUACAAAUUCAACAUACUCAAAUGUCUGAACAUCUUGCUAAAAUCAAAAAUAACGAAAGUAAUUUGACGCAAGAUGAUUUUCAAAAGGUGGAUAAGUUAAUUCAAGAAAUAAAUCAACACAAAACUCUGCCAACAGAUUUCGACAUUUCCCUACCAGAAAAACAAGUUCAAUCAAACAACUGCCCGUUAAAGAGUUUAAAUGUAUACGGUUUACGCGCCUCACACAACGUUCGGCUAUGUACACAUCAGAAGAGAAGCCGUGACCUUUACAAUCACUUUCGAUACUAUCAUCAGUUAACGAAAGACUACGCUAAUAUAUUACAGAAUGCUGUUUUGGAUAAUCUCGAUCCAAAGAAAACUGUACUCUUCCCAGCAGAUGCCGUCAUCACUGACGUGCACAAAAAAUACCCAUGCCCGUUCCAGGAUGCUUCAGUCAGCCGUGGAAUUCAUAGUACACCGUGUUCAUUUUUAGUCUCCAAACGAUAUUUGCCUGUUCAUCUUAAAAUUGUUCAUCAUCUUCGAGCAGCGCAAAUCCAAGAAGUAGUGAAAUCAACAAAAUUUGAAAAUUAG